UCCCACUCCCUCGCAUCAGUAGAGAGUCAGGCUUCAGCAUUAAUGAUAAUACAAACAAUAUACCUUAUCUAUGUGUUUACAGUAUCUUGCGUAUCUCGUUAUUCCCUGCUUUGUCAAUUCAAGGGUAAUAGCAUAGAUACUUGGUACCUGAGGACAAUAACUUGUUCGCUCAUUCUGGGGCAUUGUUUCUGUGACCGUGAAACUGGGAACACGGGUCGCUUUUCAGAGAAAUCUGGAGUUACAGUGUUGACUCUCGAUGUUGUUAAUAUAUAAUUUAUUACAUUAUACGUAGAAAAAAAGACAAAACACGUGACAUGUCUUCUUGCGACACCAAUAUCGAGGCGGCGAACUCCGGAACAGGCGGAGGGCAGGAGGUCAUCACAAAAGCUUACUGUCGACGAUUUUGGAUUCUUUUGGUCUUUUCGUUGUUAGCGGGUUUCCAGGGCCAUCAGUGGAACACGUGGAGUCCCAUCGGCGCCAGCAUGGGGGCUGCUUACCCGGGCUGGGGCUCCAGUACGGUGGCCAUGAUGGCUAACUGGGGCCCGAUUACCUUCCUGAUGUUUGUGGCUCCCAUGUGCUGGCUCAUGAACACCCGGGGGCUUCGCGUGAGUGUCGUCACCUGCGCUGCCAUGAUGAGCGUCGGAACCUUGCUCAGGUGUAUCCACGCCCCCCCUGCGGCCUUCACGGCUUUAUGCCAUGUGUGCGCAUUCCUCGUGGGUACAUCUGGCACCAUCAUGCUAGCUGCCCCGCCCCUUCUCGCCGCCGAUUGGUUCCCUCCGCGGGAGAGAACCACUGCCACGGCCGUUCCGAUCGUGGCCAACCAGCUAGGUUCCGCUGUGAGCUACCUGGUGGCGCUUGCUGUGCGGGCUCCGGGGGGUGCCACGACUCCUGCUGACAUUAGGAGUGACGUCACUAGACUUCUUUCUGUAGAGGCAGGUAUAGCUGCGACACUGCUGGUGAUGACGGUAGCCUACUUCCCCUCCCGCCCGCCCUCCCCCCCCUCCAUUACCUCCGCCGCCCCCCGCCUGGAGUACCGCGCUGCCCUCGCCGCGAUUCUCAGACAGACAGGCAGACAGGCAGAAGCACAAACGCUACCACGAGCAGAGAAACCAGCGGCUCUCCUUCUUCGUCAGAAACCGCGACGCGCUGCUGGUGUUCGCGUCGUACGGCCUGUCCAGCAUCCCGUGGGAGGCGGUCCUCAGCUAUUACCUCUCUUCCCUCGGCAUCCAGCAGGGCAAGUUUACGCGUCCGUGAUCGGCGGAAUGGCAGUGAACUUCGGCGCGACGCCCCUGUUCGUGGAGCUGGCGGUGGAGCUGGCGUACCCGUGCCCAGAGGGCGUCGUCACCGGCUUCAUGGUGGCUGUCCUUAACUUCACCGGCGCCGUGUUUCUCUUCUUGUUUUUCAUACCCAAUAUUGGAUACUCUUGGGUGGUCUACUACCUGCUGGGGUCGUGCGUGGCGUGCGCCCUGCCACUCCUGCUGGUGCGGGAGGACUACGCCAGGUCCUCCAUCGACCGCCGCCGCAGCCUGGGGUCGCUCUCCUGAGGAAGACUUUGACUUUUGUUGAUUGCUCUAGAUUGUUUAUCGGUUGGAUUUAAAAUAUCGAGCUUAACAUCUGAGUUUUAAUUGCUUAUGUUUGAUGUGUUAUUUUCUCAGUUAUCACCUUGAUUAUAAAUUAUUCUCAUUAUUUUCAUUAGUGAUGCUAUCAUUUUUAAUGUUGAUAUCAUUAUUAUCAGUUUCAUCUCCAUCAUUAUUAUUAAUAUUUGUAAUGGUUUGUUAGCUUUACUAAUGUCGUUAUUACCUUCAUUUUACUAUUUUCCCUAUUUUGAUUGUUACUGUUUCGCUGUGAUUACAGUCUUAUUCUUCCUUUCACUAUGAUCAUCAGUAUCAAUAUCCUCAUCAUUUAUUGCAUCCCUCGCUAUAAUUUCAUUGCAUAAAUCAUACAACAUCA